UUAAACCGUAGAAAAAGUCAUUAAGUUUGAAUGUGCAGUUAAAAACUAAUAAACCAUGUCGGAAAUCGAUAAUCCGACUCAAAGCCUGUUUCAAGGUGCCGACUUCCAAUUGAACAGCUCACAAAACAACGAGGAGGAUGAAGAUUUGGAGGAUCAAAUCCGACGUCGCGAAGAGCUGCAAAACAUAUUGCACAAAGCGUUGGAUGACUUCAACUACGACGACAGUUCCAUCGCUUCAUCAACCAACGUAUCUGUUGCAUCCAUGAGUGGUGUUAAUAAAGAUUAUAGAGAUGCCAUGCCUAAUGAACAGUUGAAAGUAUUGUAUGAAGUUAAAGUUAGAGAAAUUGAGGCACUCAAGCUGGAAUACAAUGGCUUUAAAUUAGAGAAGAAAAAGGAGGUUGAUGAAUUAAAAAACAGACUUUUUGUAGGUGAAGCUGAACUGCAACAAGUCAAGGAAUCUGUUAAAAAUGCAGAAGCUUUAUUAGUUGAAAAGACUGAAUUCAUCAAUGAGUACAAAAAAGUUGUAAAAACUAAGGAAAGUGAAAUUUUUGGUUUAAAAGAACUCAUUGAAGAGUAUAAAAUUGAAGUGGCAACAUACAAAAAUACAAUAAAUGAAUUACAGUUAAAAGUUGCCGAAUGUAAUCCUUUAACAAUGAACAAUAGAAGAUUUGAAUCAGAUGAACUGCACAGGGUUCACAUAUCUCAAAUUAACAAAUUAGAGGCAAAACUUGAAGAACAAACUAAGAAAACAGAACAUUAUGAAAAUGAGAGUAAAACUUUAAAAAAUGAUUUGAAUAAAUUAAUGCAAUUGAAAAAUGAAAUUGAGGAUGAUUUAAAUUCAAGAAUAGCUAAAUAUUCACAGCUUGUUGAAAGUACAAACAAAGAAAAUAAAGAAUUGUUGACUGUACUUGAAAAAGUGGAACAAGAGCUUAAUCACUUUAAAGAAAGAGUUAGACAAUUUGAAAAUAAUGACCCCAUUUUAAGUGUAGAAAGUUUUAAAAGAAACCCUGCAGAUUAUGACAGUUUAUUAGUACAAUUGGAAAAACUUAAAAGAAUGCUGUUGGACAAAUCUACAGAAAUUGAAACAUUGACAGCUAAAACAGCAUUUUAUGAGACUGACUUCAUUGAACUUAUUGAAUACAGAAAUUUAAAAUCUCAUGUUUUAAACAUGCCUGUAAAUGAAUGUGGUGACAUCAACCAUAUGCAACAACUCUUGAUUAUGCAAGGUGAACUGAAACACUUAAAUAGAUUAAUUAGUGAGAAAGAUUCUCAGAUUGUGGACUUCAGAGCUAUAAACAGCAAACUACAACAAAGGCAAUUGGAACAAGUAGAGCAACUUCUGACCACAACCAGGGAUAAUCUGGAUAGCAUGGCGCAGAAAUAUGAUUAUCCUCGCCUCGGCGAAAUGACCGAAGAAUUGUGUGCUGCUUUAAAAAAAGUUACAGAUCUUGAAAAGAAUAUAUCUGAAUUAAAAUUGGAAAAAGCUGGACUAGAAAGUAUGAUUAGCAAAUACAAAAAUGAUCUUAAUGUAAAGGAUAAAACAAUAACUGACGCCAAAUCAGAGAUUGAAUCAUUGAAGGUACAAUUAAUUUCUAGCCAGGAGUCUUUUAAUAAUCAAAUGUCUCAACUGCUGGCUAAUUUAAAAGAAAACAGUGGCUCAGACAUUGACAAUCCUAAAGUUGUACUUAUUGUAAAAACAGAAGUGGAGGAGCUGAUAAGAAUGAUAAAAGAAGGGAAUGUUGAAAAGUUCACAAUUGAAGAAAAACUAUUGGGCUGGAACAAACAACUAGAUUUUGUCAAGUUUUCAAAGAAGCAGAACUUAACCAAUUCUGUAUCGGACGAAAAGGAAUACAAAGAACUAUACAGUGUCACCCUCAAGAAACUAACCGACACCCAAACCGAAAUUAAUCGUCUUAAGGAACAAAUCCAAGAGUUGAACAGUGGUAAAACUUUAUCAGAAGGCGAGUUGUGCAAUAUACAAUUCGAACUACAAAAUUGUAAAGCGGAAAUCGAACGCCUCACUCAAGAACGUGAUAAAUUAAUAAAAGAAAACGAGAAACAAGAUAGUUAUCAUGCAAAAGCACAGAAUGCGUGUAAAGUUUUGGACGAGUCUCUGACCAAAACGAAAGACGAAGUCCACAAAUUACGGAAGGAAUUAACUGAAGAACGGUUGAAGAAUUUGGCCAGUGACCAGGUGGACAUAUCAAAAUUAAGAAACGAAUUAAAGCAACGCGAGCAGCAGAUCGAAGUAUUUGUCAGAGAUAAGGAGAAUUACGCCUCGAUUUUCGAGUGUUUCCAACAACAAUUGAUCGAAUCUAAUGCGAAAAUUAAUAAACUCCAAUACGAAUUGGCCGUUAAGAAAGGAUUGCCUAACGAAAACAUAAUUGAGAAGUUGAAGGCUGAGCUGGCCGACAGAGACGAACAAAUCAAUCUGUUCAAGGAAGAGAGCAAAAAGAUCGCUAAGGUGAUCAGAACACUGAAGAUCGAAGUUGAUCGUCUGACCAAAGAGUUAGAGUUGAAAGACAAGGUCAGACGUAGCCUGAAAAACGAAAUGCUCGAAGCCGACGAUAAAAAUGACACGACUAAGCCGGACCACAGUGUCAUACAAGCGGAAGUGUUAAAACGCGAGCUGGAGCUGCAGGAUCAGUACCAGAAGGAAUUGGCCAAAACCGUUUCAAGCAUCGAGAAUAAAUAUACGGAGACGGUGAAGGUGUAUCAGGAGGAAAACGAGAGAUACAAAGCUCAGGAGCUGAACGUCAGGAAGCAAAUCGGACAACUGUUGGCCGAAUGUGCGCAGAAAAUGCGGGAUUUGGAGAUAGUGAACGCAGAACUAAAGGAAAAGUUGAGCGAUCUGGAGCUGGAAAAUGUGGAACUGAAAAAGAAAACUGCGCACAAUUUCCAAGUAAAUAACAUGGAAUUGAAAAGGGUUGUGGAUCAAAGGGAGCAGGAGUGUAGACAGGUUGUUGAAGAAGCUGUGAACCAAGUGAGGAAGAGUAAUGCAAAAUUUCAAGAAAGAACCAAUGAAUUUCUGCGGGCCUUGGAGACUAUCAACGGAUCCAGUCAGAAAAUAUGCAAAACAUUUAAUAAAACCGACAAGGAGGUGGAAAAACUAAUGAAAAAGGCCGAGAUGAGGAAACUAAAACUCGUUAAGACUUUGAAUGAACCAGAUUUUUAUUGAUUUACAUUAAUUUAUUUACAAUUUCAUGUUUCAUACACGUUUUAUAUAAAAUAAAUUUAUAACUUAUU